AUGCUUCGAAGUAUAUUUAAUGAAUUGGAUAAAUUACAAUUUUCUGCGGGAUGUGUACGUCGAGUAAAGAACAGAUUUGAACAAACUAUAGGAAAUGCAUUGGAUGGAUUGCAUUUUUCAGCAUUUUCAAUAACAGUUCCAAUACUAAUAGAAAGAACAAAUAAUUUUUGUAAUUUAAAUGUUGAGCAAGAGGAAAAAACAAAAGAAUUUAUAGAAGAGCAGCGUUUAAUUGAAAAAUUUAAAAUCCUUUGGAAUUUUCAAAGAGAAAAACUUUUGAAAGAAAAAACAGCAAAAAUGUCAAUAUUUCUAAAUCCAAAUAAUUGCCAUAAUUUAAAUAAAGGAGGGCCUUUUAAUUCUGAAGAAUGGAAAAAAGUUGAGACGUUAAUUAUUGAGGAAAUAUGUCAAGCUUGUUUACCUUUAAAAAAUAAUACAACAGAAAAUGAAGGAGGAAAUGGGAAUAAUUUGAAUGAAAAAUGUGGUGGUGAAAAUGAGGAGGGGGAAUUUAAACAAAGAAUUGAAAUUGAGGUAAGAAAAAGUGUCAAUUUUGCCCGACUCUCGAUACAUACAAAUUAA